UUAUUUUAGCCCAAUUAGUAGGUUUCGAGCAACAAAAUCACUGAACCCGGUCCAAUUUGUGUUUUAGUUGCUUCAAGAACCAGGGUUUGGCUCAGAAGCUGUGGAACCUGGUUUUGCUGCGUAGCGUGGUCGACAAUCCGCAGCGAAAAUGCCUUCUCACAAAACUUUCAGGAUCAAGAAGAAGCUCGCGAAGAAGAUGAGGCAGAACAGACCCAUCCCUUACUGGAUCCGCAUGAGGACCGAUAACACCAUCAGGUACAAUGCUAAGCGCAGGCACUGGCGCCGCACUAAACUUGGAUUUUAAGCACGAUGUAAACCUUCGACUCGAGAUUCAUAUUUUUGUUUUCUAGAAUGUUACAAGGGAUGUCGGAAUGAUGUAGCUUUGGUCAUCUGGUCACAGAGAGGUCAUUGUACAGUGUUUCCACAACCCUAGUUUUGUAUUCUUUUUUAUAUUUCUUGCUGUUAAUGUGAAACUUUAGUUUUUUGCUUUCGA